AUGACUCACCAGAUGUCUGCAGCCCGAACGUUCAUGGGAGGAAGGGGAUUCAGUUCAUCUGCGAUAUACGGACUAGGCAGGCCCAGAAGCUAUGCUGCCUCAGUACGCCCUCUGGUCAGAAACGGAUAUGGGCUUCCGGGCUUCAGUAGUCUAAGCCUUUCCAACCUGGGUGGAAGCAAAAGGAUUUCCCGUGGUGGCUAUGGUGCCGGAUAUUAUGGUGGUCAUGGCUAUGCUCAAGGAGGCUAUGGUAGCCUGGGGUUUGGUGGUGGGGUGGGUCAGUGGGAUGGCAUCCGUGGGGUCCAGACGAACAAGAAGCUCCUGAAGCCUUUACGUGUGGGGGUGGACCCACAGGAGCACGAGGUACGCACUCAUGAGAAGGAGGAGAUGAAGGACCUCAACAACCAGUUUGCUUGCUUCAUUGACAAGGUUCGGUCCCUGGAGCAGCAGAACAAGGUGCUUUCUACCAAGUGGGAGCUCCUGAGCCAGUGUGUCCAGCCUACGAGGAAGAACCUGGAAGGGCGCUAUGAGAAUUUCAUUGCUUCCCUGAAGAAGCAGCUGGACUGUCUCUUGAGUGAGAGAGAAAAGCUGGAGCAUGAGCAAAAGAAGAUGCAGGAACUGGUCGAAGAAUACAGAGCUAAAUACGAAGAGGAAGUCAACAGGCGAACAACAGCGGAGAAUGAAUUUGUAGUGCUCAAAAAGGAUGUUGACUGUGUCUUCCUCAGCAAAGAAGAGCUGGACUCUAAAGUAGGUGUGUUAGCACAGGAACUGGAAGUCCUGAGAUGCAUCUUUGCAGAGGAGCUAAGUCAUCUGCAGUGCCAAAUCUGUGACACUUCCGUGGUUCUGAAGAUGGACAACACGCGAGACCUGAACACAGACCUCAUCCUUAAGAACGUGGAAGCCUGGUAUCAGAACAUCGCUCAGAACAGCAAGCAAGAAGCUGAAGCCUUUUACCAUAGCAAGAUUGCAGAGAUUCAGCACAAUCGAGGCAAAUACAACGAAGAGCUGAAGCGUAACCAGCACGAGAUUGCAGAGCUCAACCGAGCUACCCAGAGACUCCACAAUGAUAUAGAAAAUGCCAAGAAGCAGGUUGCCAACCUGCAGUCAGUGAUCUACGAUGCUGAGCAGCGCGGCGACAUUGCCCUGAAAGAUGCCCGCAAUAAACAUGUCGAACUGCAGACAGCCUACCAGCAGUCCAAAGACAAGCUGGCUUGCCUGCUCCGGGAUUACCAGGAACUGCUCAACAUCAAGCUGGGCCUGGAUAUCGAGAUUGAAACCUAUAAGGCCCUACUGGAGGGAGAGGAGAGCAGGGUAGGUGUAAGGAACCCAGUCAGUGUUGCUCUGCUCAGUGGAGGCUACCCGGUUGGCGAAUGUGCCCCCGGCAUGGGAGCUGGGGUGUCCUACGGCGCGGCUGCAGGAUUAGGGGUAGAGCACGGCGUCGGCACCUUUGGGGGCAUGGCCGAAGGGUUCGGCCCUGGCAACUGUGUCCACAGCAUGGGCUCCCGAAGCGGCUCGGCUGGCAGGGCAUCGGGAGUGGUUUAUGGGGUCGGGCAGGGUGCUGGAGUGGGAACUACAGGAGGGUUUAGCUCAAAAAGCGGGGGCUACGGCUCCAGCAUCACCACUGCUAAGCACGUGGUGACUUCUGGGGGUGGAGGGCACAGCUCAGGCCUCUCUGUGGACGGGAGCUGCGUGAGUGGUCACCACAGCGGGAUCCAUCACACGACAGGGGGAGCUGGCAGCAUCAUGGGUGCCUCCGGGGGCUACAGUGGCAUGGCCUGCGGGAUUGGAGGCUCUGGGAUCGGAGUGCACAGCGGUGGUGCUGGGUCUGGGGGAGGCAUCCACGGAGCGCAGUAUGGCAGCUCGCAUGGCGAAUGCCCCACUGGUGUUCGGAGCGUGCAUGUUACAACUAUCACCAAUUCAGCCCGAAAAUGUGCCUACUAA